GACGGAUCGUAUCGUAGUACUAGUAGUAUCGCAUGAUGGCGAGGAGGGACAGGAGGUCAGGGGUGAGAUUCAUCGAGGACGGUAGGGACCGGAGCCUCACGUUCUUCAAGAGGCGGUCCGGGCUCUUCAAGGCGGCGUCCGACCUGUCCACCCUCACCGGCGCGAGGGUGGCGGUGGUGCUGGAGUCCGAGAGCGGGAGGUUCUCCUCCUUCGGCACCCCGGAGGCCAGCCCCAUAGUGGACGCUUUCCUUCUCGGGAGCGCGCCGACGGACCUUGACACCAGCGAAGCAGACAAGGCUUCCAUCACCAACCUGCAGAACGAGGUGUUCCAGCUGGAGAAAGACAAGGCCAUGGAGGACAAGCGGAGGAAGGAGAGCCUGGCGCGGUCCAGCAGGAAGGUCCAGCAGGCCUCGAAGGUGGCCAGGUAUGUUUACGGCAGCGUAGACGAUCUUGACGCCACCGAGCUCUUCGAGAUGUACCGUGAGCUAUCGCGGGUGCAGCAAGAGAUCAGCGAUCGCUUGCCGACGACCUUGCUCCACGACGCGAGCAAAGCAGACGCCGGUGGUGGCCGUGGCCGUCUUAGAGACCCGUCGCUGCUGCGGCCCACUUGGUGGCGUGCAAGUGCAAUGCCAUUGCCGCCCCUGCAACAAGCUGCGACGCCACCGACGAAGUGUCCUCCAUGGGCUCCCUCGCAGGCUCGCUUCCAGUUCCAGCAACAUCCAUGGGCGGCGUCAUCCACGUCUCCUCCCGCUGUGCUGCCAAGGUCAUCUGGCUCCCCGCUUCCGAGCUCGGCGAUCCUCCCGUCACCGCUGGCGCCGCAGAAUCCGUCCUUCUUGCGACAUCAUCACCCUCUGGCACCGCAUACCACCCCUCCCACAUCGGCCGGCGUGCAAUUCCAAGCACCCAGGACGCCGGCACCUACGGAAGCCCAGAACCCUUACACCUACUACAUCCGUGGGAUCGACAUCAUCAGUGGUAACAGCUCGCACCCGUCGUCACUAUCGCCUGUCAUGCCGUCGUCUUCACCGACGCCCCACCAGCAGCCGUCGUCGUUGCGAGCUCCACCGUCAGAUGAUUCGUCUCCUCUAUCUUUGUCGCCGCGAGUUUCAUACCCGCUGCACGUAGGGUCGCCGUACCACCAACAGCUUCCUUUGAGUGCGCAGAAUCACAACUCCGUGCAGCAGCCGCCGCCGCCGCCUGAGAGCUGUGCACAUGUUGUUGGCUCACCUCUGAUCGUCCAUUCUCACCAAGUGUUCUACAGCAACUUGUCACCUGACCUAAAUGCUGAGCUGGGAAGCGUCGAUGAUGGUGGAGCUGGAGCCACCCAUGCUGACGGUGGACUUGGUUUGUCUAGCCCUCAGCAAAGUGAUGGCUUCGACGGGGUGACGCCCAACAAGUCCUUCUCUGCAGGACAAAGCUCUGGAUCUGGAUGGUGGUGAUGCAGGAGUCAAUAAUAAUCUUGGCGGCCUCAGCUUCCCUUCUUAAUUCGUACUAGCUAGCUAGCUAGUCCGUGCAGGAAUUGUUGUGAUUGGUUUUGUCGUUUUCAGUGAUUUCAGUUAGCAAGUUAGCUUAUAGCCUUAUAGCUUGUCAUUAGGCAAGUAACAACUGAGGUUUACUAUU